UUUCCCACCCCUGGGUUUAGAAUUGCCACCCCAUUUAAAAGUGGGGAAAAACCAAUAUUGCCCCUCCGUGUUUUAGUCCGAAUGUAUAACAUUCGGACUCCUCCGAAUUUUCAAAUGUCGGACUCAGUUAAUAAUAGAACAAAACUAUCAAUUCAGAUUCACAUUUGUAACGGGACAGAACAUCAACUCUCGGACUGGUUCAGGAGAAGCGACCCAGAGGCACCCAAAUCGACCCACACAUCACGACCAAAAGCAACCAAGAAUCAUCUGUGAUUCAAAACCGACCACACUGAGAUUAUGGCGAGGACAAAGCAAACUAAGAGGGUAUCAUCUGAAGAGUUGGCCGAUCGUCGUGCCUAUCUCCACGCUUCUCAUAGGCGAGGUGAUCAUGAUACAGAUGUGUCGACUUCUCGGAAGCGAGCUAGGAAGGGUGCUAGGAAGGGGGCUCCGAAGGCGACCACUGAGGUUCCUGCCCCUGCUACUGAGGUUCCUGCUACUCAGGUUCCUGAUACUGAGGUUCCUGCCCCUGCCACUGAGGUUCCUGCUACUCAGGUUCCUGCUACUGAGGUUCCUGCUCUCUCGACGCCUGAGGUUACUGCUACUGAGGUUUCUCCUCAGUCGACGCCUGAGGUUACCGCCCACGAUACUGUUGAGCCUUCCACCUCUUCACUUGAUAUUGAUGCAGUUGAGGAGCCAGAGUCGGAGUCGGGGUCGGAGUCGGGGUCUGAGUCUGAGAUUGAGGGUGAGGAUGUAGAGGUAGAGGAUCCGAAUAUGCCGCCGCUCCAGAGAGAUCCACCGUUUCCUGGUGGGCCGGUUGAGUUGUCACUUCUGCAGCAUUACCCGGAUCACAUAGCGCCGUGGACGUGGCAUACCCUACUAGGCACCACUGACCCUCGUUAUUCUGAGCGAGGUGAUUUGAGGCUUGCCACUGCUGGUACGAAGCUCGGGCUGAUGACGUGUGAGGGGGACAAUUACAGGGAGGUCCGCUUGAUUGUGGAGAGGAGCGGACUGUAUCCACUGGUCAGGUGCAGCUAUGUAGAGACGGAUCCAGGGCUUAUAUCGGCCCUUGUGGAGAGGUGGCACGAGGAGACUAGUAGUUUCCACAUGCCAUUUGGGGAGAUGACUGUCACCCUUGACGACGUCUCCGCUCUUCUUCACAUCCCGGUUGGUGGGAGAUUCUACACUCCAGGAGUGGCCUCGAGAUAUGAUGUGGCAGAGACCUGCGCUUUGCUGUUAGGGGGGGAUGCAGAUUUGUACAUGGCUGAGUUUGAUAAGCUUAGGGGUCCGACUAUGAGGUUCAGCUUCUUGCGAGACCUUUACCCGAAAGCUGUUGCAGAGGGGCGGUACGAGCAUGCAGCCAGGAUGUACCUGAUGCAUCUUGUUGGCGCGACAUUGUUCGCCGACAAGAGUGGGGGGGCACUCAUUCUCCGCCCGUUGGAUAGGCAUGCUACAGGAUCUUGAGCGGGUGUCGGAGUUCGCGUGGGGCGCCAUGGCCCUUGCCACGUUGUACGACCAGCUUGGACAGUCUUCUCGCAGCGGGGUCAAACAGAUGGGCGGUUACACUUCCCUGUUGAUGGCCUGGGUCUUUGAGCACUUUCCAGACAGGCUCGUUCGCCGG